AUGGCACUUGCGCAGUACCUUGCCCGAGGUGUAUGUACACCGCGCGCUCUCCUGUGGAAAUCGGCGCGGAGCGUUUCCGCCGAGGCUAUCCUCAAAUCGUCUGCCGGGCUUCCCCGCUUCAUUGCCUUUUCGCCCCAGGCCCGGGCGUUCCCUAGCCCCGUUUCGUCCUCCUUCGCUCGUUCGUUUUCUUCUUCCUCUGGCAUGUCUUCCGCAGGCAAGGACGCGACCUCCGUGACAGAGCCACACAGCGCGUAUCCUGAGACGCCUCUCCACUUUUACCGUGCGACGCCCUACUCAGAGGGAUCCAUCAACCAUCGUUUUUUCUACGUCAAUCUGAUUUUUCUGCUUUUUGUCUACGACGUUGGCUCGGCGAUGCUGGAUCUGUAG